AUCCAAAUCCUUCUCUUUCUUCCUUUUCCCUCUUUGGGCUCUUCCCCUCGCUCGCGGCGGCGCACUCCGGACGGCGCGCCACCUCGAAGCGAUUCUUCUCCCGGAGUCCUCCUCCUCUUCCCCGUCUCGACCAGACCGGCGAGGAGCGGAGAUUCGUCCGGACCUGCAUUCGUUCACUUUGCUGUUUCUCGCGGAUUCGCAGUACUGGUAGAACUAUACAAGUUUAUUUUCCAGUGGGUCUGGGUUCAACUAAACCCCCAUUCCACACAAUCCAUUGUCGUCGUCAGCAAAUUCAGAAGAGUAGCACAGAUCAAGGAUAGAUAGUGCACGCUCCGCUUUGCACCUAGCAGGGCAAUACACUGCAGGUUGUGUAGUGAAGUGAAGGUCAGGAUGCGGUUUGCGGUGACAAAAGUGUGCGCUAGUGGGGCAAAGGCUCGCGCGGGGUUGCUCCAGAUUGGAAGCAGCGGUGUUGAGACGCCAGCGCUGCUUUUGUCCACACGCAAGGGGCUGCCGGCGUUUAUGUCUCCUGACCUGCUUUCCUCCCUCCCCCUUCCAGACUCCCUCCUCCUCAAUGUCUGCCCAACCCACUUUAUAGAGGUUCCUCCAUCAAAAACCAUAUCUAAUAUUGGUGGUUUGCAUCGUAUGCUGGGUCUGCCUGAUCAUAUCCUCGUAGCCGCGGCUGGUGAGUCUACCGAGUGUUUACCAUCAAGUGACGCCACCAAUAAAUUUGGUGCAUCUUUUGAAACACCUGCGGGUCGUAAACUGGUUAAACCAUCAGACUAUAUGGAGUUGAUUUCCUGCUUGCAACCUAAUUUGUGGGCAAGCUUGGCAGAUGAGGUUCCAGCCUGGGUUAAUGAGAAACGGAACAAAACAUCUGUUGAGCGAACACUACGCUGGCUUGAUGCAUGUAUUGCUUUGGAUGCGGCUUCUGGGAGGAACUCUUUAGGUGUAGUUGUUGGGGGAUCUAGUAUAGAACAACGAAAACUGUGUGCCACUGAAGUAUCGAAGAGGAAUGUAUCAGGCUUUUGGAUUGGAGGGUUUGGCCUUGGAGAGAGUGUGGAAGAACGUUGCAGUUUACUCAAUGCAGUAACAGAUUGUUUGCCAUUGGAGAAACCUCGGAUUGUCUCUAGGCUUGGUCUUCCAGAGGAGGUCUUGGAGGGUGUAGCUUCUGGCAUCGACCUUUUUGACUCCACGUACAUUUACCAACUUACUAUGGGUGGUUUUGCACUGAUCUUCCCCAUUGACAUGGUUGAAAGAGAGAUGCAGAAUGGUGUAUUCGACAGUAGUGCUGGAGAUUCUGCAAAGAUUAACCUGCGUGCAACAACAUAUCGGAAAGACAUGUCACGGAUAGUCGAUGGCUGUACCUGCUUCACGUGCCAGAAUCACACCCGUGCUUACCUGAAUCAUCUGAUCAACGUCCAUGAGAUGCUGGCUCAGAUUCUACUGGAGAUACACAACACCCAUCACUAUCUCCGGUUCUUCCGAUCGAUACGGGAGGCGAUCAAGGCCGGAGAGUUUGACAUCUUCUGGAAGCAGUUUGUUGAGAACAGGCGCUCCCAGAUUGCUGCUGCUGCGAUGUAGAUCUUGUCCGUGCAAGAUAUGUCCAAUUUGUGAUAAGAAAUACUCUCCACGUGUGGCGUAGUCGGGAGGUUUUUUGAAGGUGGAGACUUUCGACAAUGUGGUAGAACCUGAAGACAGUUUGUCGUCAGGUUGGCCUGUCAGGGGAACCUGACAGGGUUAAGUGGACACUCACCAGUUCCGGGGUUUUAACAGUUGUUAGUUCACUGUAUGCAUGCUCGAUCAGUCUCAGGAUUAAGCAUUUGUGAUAGCUGCAUUUACUUUUAUAGGUUAAGGUUUUCUGUUGGCUUGUGGUUAGGUGUUGUGUUGGUUUUCCUAAUGAUAAUUUGAAAAGGAUGGGCUGGAAA